AUGUCAUUUGUUGGUGGUGGAGCUGAAUGCUCAGUUAACGGAAAUGCUGUUUCUCAAUUCAAUAAACAUACCCAACAAGAUAGAUCGUUACAAAGACAAACAGCUGGUCUGCCAGGCUUUGUUCAAGCCAAUGGCUUCAAACAAGAUAAUGCCAUGAACUUGAGAGAUAGACAACAAAUGGAUAAUUUCAUGAAUAAUGGUGGUGCCCAAAAUUCAUUCCAAUUUCAACCUAUGAGACAUGAACUUAAUGUCAUUCAACAAUCAAAUCCAAAUCCUCAAUUAUCCAACUGGUCAAACGAAUUCAAGACUCAUUCUCCAUCUCCUAUUCAACAUCAGCCUACUCCUGUCAAUAUCGUGAAACCAAAUAGUCCUAUAAAUGGUAAUUGGGCCGGAGAAUUCCAUCAUUCCGCGGAUCCAAGACAACAACAACAACAACCUCAACAAAUGUCAAAUAUGAGAGGUAUAGGUGGUGUAGGUGGAUAUCGUCCUAUGAUGGCUAUGCCAUUAGUCGCCAAUGCUGCAUUACAACAGCCCCAAGCUCAACAACCUAUACAACAAGAACCUCAAGUUGAUUGGGAUAAUCAAUUUCAACAAAUUGAACAAUUAACCAAUGAAACGAAGGAAGCCGAGCCAGAUACUAAAGAAGGUGAAGUGGAAACUAUUCAAAGAGAAGGAUCCCCUGAAUUUGUUAUAGAUGAUAAAUAUCAAGCUACAUUUCAAGAAGUUUGGGAUGGAUUAAAUUCCGAAGCUCUUGAAGAAGAUUUCAUAACUCAACAAUAUGAAGAUUUUAAAAAUACUCAAAAGGAUACCUUUAAUGCUGAUAUGUCACAAUGGGAAAAAGAUUUCGCUAGAUAUGUUUCUACUAGAGCUCAUUUUGGGGAUUAUCAAUUUGAAGAAAAAUCAAAUAAUCAAUUUUUGGAUUUACCUGCUGAUGCUGAUCCUUAUGAAAUUGGAUUACAAUUAAUGGAAAAUGGAGCUAAAUUAUCUGAAGCAGCAUUAGCAUUUGAAGCUGCCAUUCAAAAAAAUGAGAAUCAUAUUGAUGCAUGGUUAAAAUUAGGUGAAGUUCAAACUCAAAAUGAAAAGGAAAUUGCGGGUGUAACUGCUUUAGAAAAAUGUAUUGAAUUACAUCCUGAAAAUUCAGAAGCAUUAAUGAUGUUGGCUAUUUCUUAUAUCAAUGAAGGUUAUGAUAAUGCUGCAUUUGCUACUUUAGAAAGAUGGAUUUCAACAAAAUAUCCUCAAAUUUCUGAUAAGGCAAGACAAGAAAAUCCAAGUAUUACUGAUGAAGAUAGAUUUUCCUUAUAUAAUAGAGUUUCAGAAUUAUUUAUGAGUGCAGCUAGAUUAUCUCCCAAUCAAGCUAAUAUGGAUGCUGAUGUUCAAGUUGGAUUAGGGGUAUUAUUCUAUGCUAAUGAAGAAUUCACCAAAACCGUUGAUUGUUUCAAAGCUGCUUUAACUAUCAGACCUAAUGAUCCAGUAUUAUGGAAUAGAUUAGGCGCAUCAUUAGCCAAUUCAAACCGUUCCGAACAAGCUGUUGAUGCUUAUUUCAAAGCCUUACAAUUGAAACCAACUUUUGUAAGAGCAAGAUAUAAUUUAGGGGUAUCAUGUAUUAAUAUCAAAUGUUAUAAAGAAGCCGCUGAACAUCUUUUAAGUGGAUUAUCUAUGCAUCAAGUCGAAGGAGUGGAGAAUGGAAGUACGUUGAAUCAUAAUCAAUCAACUGCAUUAACAGAAACUUUAAAAAGAGCCUUUAUUGCAAUGGAUAGAAGAGAUUUAUUAGAAUUGGUUAAACCUGGUAUGGAUUUAAAUCAAUUCAGAGGUGAAUUCAACUUUUAG